GGCCGUGGUCCGUGGGUUCAUCUCUGCCUACGUGAGCCCACAAGUGCAAAUAGAUAAUUACGGGGCCCUUCAUAGCUCCUGGCUGUGUCAAUAUACAUUAUCCAAGAUGUUGACAUGCGGUGAACCAAAGCUUGAUGUUGAGAGUUUGUGGACAUCAGCCAUCUGGCAACACCUCUGCCUGAUCUGUCACCAGCCAGCUGACAGUGUGUCUGGCUGUAGGUACAGUGCCUUCUGCCUGGCUGGAGGGACUGCUUUGGACAGACAAGAUGCAGUCCUUCUGUGUAGUUUUGACUGUUGCAGUUUUCAGUGUGACGGAUGGAAGGCUGGUGUUCCCACCUGGUUCUGAUAUGGGAUACAUUGUUCCUGAUGAACCCGAACAAGAAAGCUUCAUGGACACUGCCAACUGGUUGCGUGAUGUUGAUGAAUAUAGAGCUGAACCAUUGAGAGGAGAACGUGAGGCUGAUGAUUCCCAUGCAAGCUGGAGUGAGAGAAGAUCUCUGCAUCAACCUGAGGCAGCACAAAGAGGUCCGCCCAAAGAUCUACCAGACAACUUGAAGGAUGACAAACAUGGGGUGGCCAUGGGAAUACCACAUGUCAAGUGUGAUAAUGCAAAGAUUAACCUCACAUUAGACUGGGAUUACUCUCCAGUGAAUUAUACAUGUUUCGGGCUGAAGUACAAUCGUUUACCAGUUCGAAAGAAUUUCAAGUCUGUUGAGAAGUGCAUUGAGUUGCCCAAGAACUAUACUCCACAGCAUGUGUGUAUGAACCAGAAACUUUCAUACAACACUACCUUGCCAACGUAUGGACCACAUCGUCCCCUAUGGCCCGUGUUUGGAGAAUAUAAAUUUGUUCCUGUACAGAGAUGGCUUCAUUCUUUGGAGCAUGGAGGCAUUGUUAUGCUAUAUGAUCCAUGUACUGAGCCAUUACUGGUUGAACAGCUACGCAAGAUACUCACUGGGUGUUUCCGGAAACAUAUUAUUACCCCUUACACUCUUCUGUCUAAGGAACGACCAUUAGCACUUAUGGCAUGGGGAUGCAGUUUGGAGAUGGCUACUGUCAAUGAAGCUGAAGUGAAGGCCUUCAUUAAGACUCGUGCUCUUCAUGGGCCAGAGGGACAUUAUCCCAAGAAUGGAAGCUUCAAAGAAGGGCUGUUGCAUAAGGCUAAAUACCCAACUAAAUAUGAAAAUGACUCCAUAAUAUGCCCAGAAAAUGAACAGGUUGUGCAUUAUCUUAGGUAGGUUAUACUGUCUUGUCCACAAUGUUGUUUUCAAAGGUAACGAAGACUAAAAUUACAACUUUUCUUAAAAUAUCCAUCUUCCAAAAUAUAUUUGAAUACCCUCUAAAAUCCAAGUGGCUUCUUAGAAUAUAUGAAAUAAUUCUAUUCCAAAUUGAAAAUGUAUAAAACUUUUAGAGUGGGAAUUUUACUAGAUUUCAACACACAGGUCAUUGAUUUUCAAGGCACCAACGGUGAAACUCACUAAAGGCAUGUAAUCUCGACCUAAUUACAUUUCAAAGGAUCAAGAAGCAUUUUUGGAUAUGAAGUAAUGAAGUUGUUGAUGAAAUGAACAUUCCUCUCUAAUCUUAGCCAUUUAUUUUGGUGUUCUGAAUUUACUUUACUUUCUCAUAACAUAUUUAUUCAGGAACAUAGACUUUUGUACCACUUAUAUUUUAAUCUAUUCUGCUACUAGGGUAAAACUUUUCUUUGAAGAAUUUCAUUGGAGAAUCUCAUAAAAGACUUGCCUGUGAAUAACCUUCCUUGCAAUAUUUCAAUUUCAUCUCACUGUAUGGAUACAAAUCAUUAUUCAUAAGCAUUGGAAGAAUAACCAACAAUAGAGAUGAAGAAACUCAAUACUUCUUGGACCAAGGGGAUUAUUUCAUAUUGUACUGAAGCUGUUGUCCUCUAUUUUCUAUACAUUUUCCUUUGAUGCAUCAUUCAACAUUUGUUAGUGUCAGGAUGCAACACUGGUGCUUACAGGAGUGCUGAUGACAUAUUACUUUUGUGUUUUGGCAAAGAUUUGGUUACUCAGUUAUGUCAAAUGUUAGUGCUUUCUCUCACCACCAGCAAUUUUUUUUAGAUAUACAACAUUGAUUCUGGGAGGGACAUAGGCUAUGUCUUAACUCCUUCCAAUCCAAAAAUUUUAUAUUAUAUUCAGACAUACCAUAUCAUAUUUUCAUAACAUACAUGUAAAACAUAAACUUUAACUGGAAUGAUAGGGAAAGAACAUGCUAAGUUUACAAGCUUGUCGUGUCAGGUCAGUGAUGCCUGCCUGAUUCAUAAAACUCACUGAUCUUAUGUUAAUAGCAUCAUGAUGUGGAGGGAAAGGAAAAAGGAGAUUGAAGAUAUGGCUAACCACACAGAGAACAUUUCAGGGAGAUUAACGAUAGUGAUGUGACUGAGGAUAGUAAUUAUGUUAGUCUAAUGAAUAAGCAAUAUGAGCCUGAUUUUUAAUGAUGGAGAAUUGUCAGUUAAUAUUCUACUUUAUUUUUUUUUCAUUUAUGCAAGGUAACAAGAAACUGAAAAUAGUUAGAUGUAAGCCUAUAUCUGAUCUCAAUGUUUGGUUGACACUAUAUAGUAAAAAAAAAAUGUCGCCCUGCUGUACACAUCACUUUGCAAUCAACAUUAAUGCAAACAUUUCUAGGUAGUCCAAGGAUAUAUUAUUCUAUCCUUAUCUCUCAUUGCAUCAUGUUUUAUCUUUCAUCCUCUCUCUGUUCAAUGAGGAAUUCAUAAUGCUGUAAUGUGAGUGUACCUAGUCAACACUCACCAGUUUUCAGUGGGAGGAAAAAUUAUGAUAGGUGCAGUAGAGUAAAGAUAUGUAUAACUACCCAUGCUUGCUUGCUCUCUCUCUCUCUCUCUCUCUCUCUCUCUCUCUCUCUCUCUCUCUCUCUCUCUCUCUCUCUCUCUCUCUCUCUCUCUCUCUCUCUCUCUCUCUCUCUCUCUCUCUCUCUCUCUCUCUCUCUCUCUCUCUCUCUCUCUCUCUCUCUCUCUCUCUCUCUCUCUCUCUCACUGGAUAUCCAGCAAAUGCUGUGUACCAAUUCACUUUAUAUAGUGUCCUAUGAAACAUCAGAAUCACUAAAAUAGAAUAUGAUUAUGGUCCUUGAAGGAGUGUACCUUUAUUCUAGUAGUCUAUCUUGUUUAUACUUUUAUUUUACUUUUGAAUUUAUAUUAGGUUGUGAAUAUGUUCAUACUCAUUAGUUUAAUUUUAUCCUAUUUUAUGUUUAAUAAUUUUGUUAAGGUCACGUCAGGAUGUGGAGCUACUCACACCGCAUCUUUUAUAGAACAGAAAAAAAGUAUGUUUACAUGUAGGAAGCAACUGGCAAUCUGGAGACAUUUCUACAGUUCUCAUACCUUGAAGGAAUGUAAUAUUGAAGAAAUUUUGUCAUUGAGCAUGAUGUCAAUAGUUGAAAUAUGAUAGUUUUGAUUACAACACUAAUGGAUCAGAUCAGUUACAUAUUUCAGGAGUGCAUACUAUAUGUGUUACAAGAUAAUUAUUCAGACCAGAUCAAAAGAAUGGCUGUUCCUGAAAUACAUAUGUUGAAAUGUUUAGACUUCACACACCAGCAAUUUUUCAGAUACUUUCAGUAUUUUCAUAUUUUGUUAAUAUGAAAAGUCUGACAAAUCCUGACAUUCUUAUUGUUUAACAUGCUCUUAAAUUCUCCAGUCACACAACUGUUCUCAAAGGCAACCAUAAAUACCAUAAACAACCAUAAAUACUGGUAGAUAGAUUUAACUGAUUGCAAUAGAGUGGGCCCUGAGUAUGUGCCUACUGCUUGUGUGACUUCUUUAUCUCAGAGAAGGGUUUAAAAACCCAAGAUCUUUUUUAUCUAUGGUUUUAUUUUAUUAUGAUGAUUUGGUUUUAUAGCAUGAUCUUUUGCUUAUUUUUGUAAUCUAUGUAAACUCUACUUUCAAGUCUUUCCUCUUUUUAGCAUACCUAUUAUACUCAUGCACCUUAUUUUGUUAUGUAAAUGGCCUUUAUUUCAUAAUAGGACCUUCAGUUUCACUUGCAUACAUUUUUUUUUACAAACCCUUUAGAUUUCAUAAUUUCAGGAAGGUUAAACUAAAUCUUUAUUUUCACCCAUUCCACUAUUUCAUAUUUCACUAUCUGUAGUUGUACCAGUUCCCAUGCUGCAUCUUUCAUGUAGAGUUUUAUUUCUGUUAGAUAAUUAAUUUUCACAUCAUGUACUUCUAACUGUUGAGCCCAAGCUAUCUUAUGUUUAUCUUUUUAUUUAUACAUCAGUGCUGACAUUAUUAUAUGUUUCCUAAAUUUCUCUCUUACCUACACAUAUAUCUUCUCUCACUUAAUCUUUGCAAAAGAUUCUAAAGCAUAACUACUUUACUCAGCCUUCCCUUUUCUUCCAUCCUUCUAUUUGGAUAACAGUUUCCAAAUACUUGAACUUUCUUUCUCAAUUUCAUGUCCUUAAACCUUAUACUAUCCUGUUGCUGAUACACUGAUAUUCUGUGGUGUAACAAGUCAUAUGUCUGCAUCCUUCUCUCAAGAAUAAACAAAACAAAAAUGCUUUUCCUAUCACUCACCUUUAAUUUCUUUCCCUCACAUUAACAGGCUUUGUUUUUGGCAAGCACAUAGACAUUGUAUAUCUUCAUAUUUAUUUUAAGGUUUAUUUAUAGACAUUAUGUAUUUUUCAAAGUUGAGGAAGAGCCUAUAUGUUGUUGAUUAUUUGUUUGAUAAUGCAUAGUGCAAUUAUACUAGUAUGCUUUUCCUAUAUCUAUGAUAACUAUAUAUAAAUUUCCAUUCUCUCCUUAGUAAUUUUGCAAUAUAAUUCAAAAUGCAAAUAUCCUAUUAAUAUACUCUUUCUUUCUUAAUCCCAUCCUACUCCUUGAUCAACUUCCCUUCACUUACUUCCAUCCAGUGGUUACCUGAGAAAUGUCUGUGAUGGAUUUAGAAUGGAUGGUGAUAGUAACUAAAGUUUAUGAAUUAGUUUUGAUAUGAUAAGUAAAUGUUUAAUAUAUGAAGUUUAUAAUGGUUGAGGUGUUUAAAUGCAGUACUCUGAGGUGGUUUGACCACAGAAUGAAUGGCAAAAAGUGAAAUGAUUUGCCAAUAUAUAAGGAAGACCAGUUGCUGCUCUAUGAAGUCUUAAUGGCUUUGCAUGUAAUUACAGUAACAAUAAUCUAAGUCAUGGGGAUCACAGACUCCUUGCUUUAGCUUAGUCAAGCCAAGAAUUAGAGUUAUGUUUUAUAUGUAUUUUUUUUAUUAACUGAUGGAAGUAAAGUUUUGGAACUCCAGAAAUAACUGAGUGCAGAAAUGAUAGGAUGUUCAGGUGGCGAGCUGCAGAUGUGCUUUAAUUGCUAGAUUUAGGAAAAUAGGGAAAACAAGUUCUUUCUUUAUCAUUAUGUGUAGUAAGAUAGGUGGUCAUUUUAUGUACGAUGACUUCAUCAUACCUAUGAGGUGGUGAGUAUGGAAGGUAAAUAUAUACAUAUUUUCAGCUCUAGUAAAAUAUUUAUUAAUGAUAAUAGAAAUUAUAUCAGUUUCAUAGGAUUGUUAAGGAUAAAUUCAGCUGGAUAUGAAAGCAAAUAAUAAACAUUGUACUUCAAUACUUCUACAAAUGGAUUGGACCUGCAAAGAGACAUUCAUAGAAAAUAUGAGAAUGUUUCUGAAGUUCUCUUCAAAUGCAAGAUAAGCUAGUCUUGUUGUUUAUUGAUACAAUAAAAUGAAUGUUUCAUUACUGGA